UUCCGUCAAUAGAGGAAGAACCAGGAGGCUUGUGUGCAUGUAGAGAAUGAUCGAUGCUGAGAAUCUGUCUUUAUGCAAAAACAUACUUUAUUAUUUGUAUAAACUUUAGGUAAAGUGCCUGCAAGGUUCAUUUUACGUUGACUAAACUAAACGCUGGAUACGUCAGAAGGUUGAGCGCGGGAAGCCAGAGAAUCUGUGCGCGCGGACAUGUACCGAGGCCGGCCUCCGCCGCGAGGAGGCUACCCGCCGCCUUUUGAAGGCCGAGGACCGAGGCCGCACCCGGCACCGGGCUACAGAGAGGACCGGAGCAGGCCCAGGCCUCCGUAUCACCCCGGCUACCACGACCACGGUCCCCCGCCGGACCCGUACCGCCGCUCCCCGCCGCGCCGGAGGUACCCUUCCCCCGGGUCUGGAAGCCACAGAGGCGGGGAGUUCUGGGCCGGAGGUCCGCCGAGAGAGAGGUCUCCAUCACCCCGGGGUUUGGCUCCCAUCGACCACAACCUUGUCAUCACCGUUGGCAACGAGCUGACUGGUCCGUCUGGCUCCGCCCCCCCACGCCACCAUGACAGAGACUACCCUCCUCGGCCCGAGUACGAGAGGAGCCGGAGCCGUGGCCGGAGCCGGCCUCAGAGCCGGAGUCCGGACCGGAGCCGAGCCAAGAGCCUGGGCCGCAGCAAGAGUCUGGUGAGGAGCAAGAGCCGGCACCGCAGCCAGAGCCGCAGUCCGGACCGGAGCCGGGCCAAGAGCCGUGGGCGAAGCAAGAGCCGAAGUCCGGACCGCAGCCGGGCCAAAAGCCGUGGGCGAAGCAAGAGCCGAAGUCCGGACCGGAGCCGGGCCAAGAGCCGGGGCCGGAGCAAGAGUCGAAGUCCGGACCGGAGCCGGGCUAAGAGCCGGGGCAGAAGCAAGAGCCGCCCUCGCAGCAGGUCCAGGUCCAGGUCCAGGUCCAGGGGGCGGAGCUACAGCCGGGCGGCGAGCCGCGGGCGCAGUAAGAGCCGCCCGAGGAGCCGCAGCUCCAGCAGCAGCUCGACCUCCAGCAGCGGGAACGAGAGCGACCACGAGAACCCCCCGAAGGAGUUCAGGGAGCUGCAGAGCGCUCGGCGCCGCAAGGAGCUGGAGGAGAUGCUGAGCCAGCCCACCAAGUCCAUCCUGAAGAGACGCCCACGAGGCCGAGGACUCGCCCUCGCUCAGGGUACGAAGACGCACGCACAACAUGGCGUUCACGCCCAAAACAGAUUCUCCCAAAGGGGGCACUGGAACAGCUGUGAUUCUCCCCGAGGUCCAGACGGCGCCGGUCUGUCCCGCGUGGCGGAGCAGCUGCUCCAGGCGGUGAAGGGCAUGGAGCCGCACGCCGUGGCGACCAUGCUGUCCGAGCUGCGUGCCGACCCGCAGAUGGCUCACCGGGCCGGCCUGGACGCCGAGAUCAAAGAGAUCCUCCACCUGCUGGGGGGCCCUACGGGCGCCACGGCAACGGAGAGGCCCGCCGACGACAUCGACGACGAGGAGAAGUUCCUCUACGGAGACGCGGACGAGCCCAAAGCGGCGCCGGCGCCCGAGCCGGUCCGGCUGGAUCUGUACGGAGACGUCACGGAAGACGCGCUCUACGCUGACUACACGCCGCCGAUGUACGGGCUGCCGCCGGGCGCCACGCCACACCUGCAGGCCCCGCCCACCAGGACAGAGGUGGAUGUCCGGUACGCGGGCCACCCCCCCGCCAGCCCGGACCAGAGCCUGGCGUUGCCGGCGGCGACCGUCUGCGUCCCUCCCGGCACGGAGCCGCUGGCGCCCGGCGAGCGCCAGGCGCUGGAGGAGUACGAGAAGAUCCAGGACCUGCUGAAGACCAUCGGCCUGGACCUGGGCGUCAGCGAGAUCAGCAAGAUGGCUGCCCGGACCAAAGAGCGUCUCCACGGCAACAAGCCGCCGCCCAAGACGCCCACGCGGCGCCGGCGCUACUCGUCCGGCAGCUCUGACGGCGUGCGGCGCCGCAAGAGGCGGAGCCACAGCGGCAGCUCCAGCAGCAGCAGCAGCAGCCGCAGCCAUAGCUGGAGCAGCGAGGACGGCCCCGCGGGCGGGCGCCGCACCAAGACCUCGGCGCCGCCGAAAUCUCACCAAGACGCAAACAGCGAGCAGAGCGCCGCCGUGGCUCCACAGCCGCCACACCAAGAGCCGCUGGCACAAACCCCAGACGCCAACAUGCUGCCCCCGCACCCCGGCGUGCCCAUCCCCACCUACCCCCCCUCACAGGGUCACCCGGGCAUUCUGGCGCCCAGUUUCCCCCCGCCGGGGUACGGGCAGUACGGGAACUACCUGCCCUACAUGCACCAGCAGUGGCCGCCCAUGUACCCGCCCCCCAGCAUAGCCCUGCCCCCCCACAGCCCCGAGGAAUUCCCCCCCGCUCUGCCCUACAAACACCCGUACAACAAGACGGCCAGCGCCGAGCCCAGCGCCAAAGGUUUGGGGAAGACGUUUGCUCCGGAUGGCGAGAAGGGGAAGACGAGCAGCGGCCAUGACAGGAGAGUUUCUGAGGAGCAGAACAAUGAGAGCCAGAAACAAAAGGUUCUGGAGGAGAGAGAGAAGCUGAGGCAGGAGAGAGACGUCCGCAUGAAGAAGAAGGAAUAUCUGAUGAAGGAGCUGGAGAGACUCCGCAAGCAGCAAGGCGAGCUGCUGAGGAAGAAACGGCGAGAGAAGGACGGCCACAAAGACCCGCUGCUGGCGGAGAUCGGCCGGCUGCAGGAGGACGUCAUGGGGCAGAUCUCCAGCCUGCGGCGGGAACACGAGGCGGCCGAGAAGAGCCGCAACGAGAUCGAGAAGAUCGCGCUCAUCCUCGGCCUGCUCCCGUCCGACCGGCCGCGCAGGGCCGCCAAACCCUCCGAGGAACCGGAGGACGAGCUGGCGCCGCCAGAGAAGAAGAAACGCGAGGCGGUGGCGGUGGCCGCCACGGCGAGGAGUCCCGAUGGACGCACGGCCGCCGCGGGCUGCUCCACUGUGAAGGCAUCAUCAUCGUCAUCGUCUUCGUCUUUGGUGGCAGCGGCGCUGUCUUCGGCGAGAGCGUGCCCGGACAAACCGCCCGCCGACACCCCCGCUCAUGCUCCGCCCCCGGAGCCGUUUGAAUACUAUGACGCUGGAAAUCACUGGUGCAAAAGCUGUAACGUCACCUCUGGUUCCAUGUUUGAUUUUUUCACGCACUUGCACAGCAAAACGCACCGAAAGACUCUGGACCCGUACGACCGGCCCUGGGCUUCCUGUCUGUCUAAAGCCGGCAAGAGCCUUCUGUCGGAGGAGAAGCUGACCAAACCGGCCAAAGGUUCGGAGUUCUUGCUGCCCGUCAGAGGAUUCUUCUGCCUGCUCUGCAAACAGUUUUACGGAGACGCCAUCUGUGCAGAAGAGCACGUCACAACGCACGCUCACAACGAGAAGUACAAGAAACAAAUGUACGAGAAUCCUCUGUACGAGCAGAGGAGGAACCUGGACCGCCAGGCCGGACUGGCCUCCGAGACCAGCGGCAAGAAACGCAAACACGAAGAGGAAGAGAAGGGCAGCAAGGACCGGGAGGACAAGUCCAAACACAAGAAGGAGAAAAGGGAUAAAAAGAAGGACGAGGGGAACAACGACGCUGCUGUUCUGAAAGAGGAGAAAGUUAAGAAGGAAGCAGAGGAGGAGAAGCCGAGCAAGAAAGCUGAGGAUUUUAGAAAAUCCAAAAGCCUGGAAGAGGAGAGGCCUGCUUACAGCAAGAAAGACGAAGAAGACAAGUAUAAAAGCAGCAAGAAGGACGAUAAAUACCGCUACGGCCGAGAGGAGGAGGAGAGGGGUAAAUACAGAGGAAGAGAGGACGACGACGACAGGUAUAAAGCAGCAGUCUACAGAAGAGACGAAGAGUAUCGGUUCCGCUUUCGCCGGGACGAUGACGACCGAUACGACGAGCGUGCCAAAUACGGGCCGCGAGAAGACGAGUUUAAACACGGUAAAUAUUCAGAUUCGAGAUCCAAAUACGAGCGAGAUCGAGACGAAGGGAAACUCAAGGCGGAGAAGCAACCUUUGAAGAAGCCGGAGGCUGGAAAACCAGCAGGGAAACCGGACGUCGGCAGACCAGAGCCUCUGCCGAAGCCCUACGAACAGCCCAAAAUCUUCUCCGGGCCCAGUCCGGCCAUGAGGGCGAAGCUACGCAAGCAGAGCCAGGAAGCCGGCAAACCGGCAGCCGCGACAACGCCCGCGGCCGCCACGGCAGCCGCCGCUACCCCUACGUUCGGGAAGUUCACGUGGAAGAAGAAGGAGAACGUUCUGGCAAAGGAGGCGGAGAAAGUGGCCGCGGAGUUCAUCAAGGAUGACGAAGAGGCCGCGAAGCAGAGACUGCUCUUACCGGAGGAUUCCUUCGCUAAAUCUAUGGCGGUCGCUAAAGAGAUCGCCCAGAAGCUCGGCGGCCAGCAGCCCGUGCCGCCUCCCUGGGUGUCCAACGGCGCCAACCGGGGACGGAUCCGCCCGAACCUGCCUGGACCGGCAGCAUUCAUGAGGAAGACCGCCAUGUUGGGUAAACCUGCUCCUCUGAAUACCUUCCUCUCCAUCAGACCCCAAAACACCGGCUUAAUCGGACCUGUUCCCCAAGAUCCACCACCAAUCUCUGAUGGUCUCGCAAAGGCUCUAAGUGCUCAGAACGCCCUGCUGGAGAAUAAACCGAAGCCACCGAUUGGUCCACCUGGGACAUCUGAGGCUAUGCCUCCGCCAACUGUGCCAAAACCUGCACCGUUCGAGGCUAAAUCUCCACCGUCUGUGACGAAACCUGCGCCGUCUGAAACCAAACCCCCGGCAGCUGUGUCGGGACCUGCACCGUUCAAGGCCAAACCCCCACCGUCGGUGUCGGGACCUGCGCCUUUUGCGGCUAAACCUCCGGCGCCAGUUUGUAACCCGGCACCACCGGUUUUCAAACCAGUCGAGGCAAAGCCUGCUUCGUUGGAGACUACCCAUUCGCCAUCGAUUGCUAAACCGGGACAACAAAAAAUGGUGAAGAUUGUGUCUGAUGUGGCGGCUCCCGGCGUACCGGAGAGCGAGCAGACUCGCACCGUGUUCGUCAAGCCUCCGCCGUUCAUGAAUAGGGGGGACGGAGCUCAGAAGUCUGAGAAACAUAAGACUAACCUGGCUGCAGCCAAAGCCCAGGACUUGUUCGACAUCUUCUACAGCAGCCUGGGCCAAUCGGGCGCUUCCUCCAUCACCAAACCAGCAACAGACGCUAAAGCUGAAGGGAGCAGCGCCAAUAAAAGGCAACUGCCUGUCCCGGAAGCACCAAAACCUCAACCUCCUUCCCAGCCCCAACUUCCUUCCCAGCCCCAACCUCAACCUCCUUCCCAGCCCCAACCGCAAACUGCGGUCUGUAAAUCUCCGCAACCAGACUCGCCAAGUCGGCAAACUCAGCCCGAGUCAGACAUUCAGAUUGCAUCCGUUUGGUCCUUGCAGCCCACCGAAACUUCAGCCCCCGAUGUCGCUCCAUCUGAAGCGCAACCAAAACUGAAUCCAACAGCCCAGUUUCAGGCUGAUAUUUUACCCCAAACCCCAUCUUCGACUCCUAAAUCUGAGUCCCAAAUUACUCUGGCCCAGAGUGUACCCCAAAACGAGCCCCCAACUCCUAAAUCUGAGUCCCAAAUUACUCUGGCCCAGAGUGUACCCCAAAACGAGCCCCCAACUCCUAAAUCUGAGUCCCAAAUUACUCUGGCCCAGAGUGUACCCCGAAACGAGCCCCCCACUCCUAAAUCUGAGUCCCAAAUUACUCUGGCCCAGAGUCUACCCCGAAACGAGCCCCCCACUCCUAAAUCUGAGUCCCAAAUUACUCUGGCCCAGAGUCUACCCCGAAACGAGCCCCCCACUCCUAAAUCGGAGUCCCAGAUCGCUGCACCCACACAGUUUGAGGUCCACAGUGUACCUCAAAACCAGUCCCUAAAUCCUAAAUCUGAGCCCCAAAUUGCUCUGGCUCAAAGUUUACCCCAAAACCAGCCUUCACCUCCUAAAUCUGAGUCCCAAAUCGCCCCAGGAACCAAUCCUGCCGAGCCGGAACCUUCCCCUAAAGCUCAUUCCCAGCCCGAACUCGCCCCUCAGAUCAAAACAGAACUCCAACCGGACCAGGACGCCCACGGCCAACGAGAGACAACUCCUGACACCGCACAUCCAGAACCUGAGCCCAAACCGAGCCCCAAAACUCGAGGCAAGGCAGCUACCGGGAAGAGAACCCCUCCCGCUGCCCGCCCGGUCCGACAAACCAGAUCCCAGACCAGAUACCAGACCCGGCAGCAGCAUCAGGAUAGCCUCUCAGAGACUGAGACUGAAACCAAACCAGAAGCCACUCUGGCUUUGGGAGAUUCUGACUCGGACGGUGUGUCCAGGCCCUUUGGGUCGGACGCCGGCUCUGGGUUAGAGGAGCCCCCCCUGAUGGAGAUCACCCCCGAGACGCUGGGCCUCCCCUCGGACAUGACCUCUCUGGACUUUGAUUACGAUUUUAACUUUGAGUAAAUCUGACCGGACUGCGACACGGAGUCUCUUUUUGAAAACAAGCAGUCUUCGAAUCGGUGGUUUUCUGGACUCGAAGGCAGCUGGCGAGAAAGACGCUGACGGACUCGAGACUUUAAAAGAACCAACAACACGGACCUUCACCAGUUUAAAACGUUUAGAGAAACCUUCUCCAGAGACCGAUGUUUGAGAUGGAUAUCGGUUUCAGUCUCUUUAUUCUUAUCGUCGCAUACAGGUUCUUACCAGAACAGACAGCGACUUUAUAUGCUCACACACACACACACACACACACACACACACACACACACACACAAACACACACAGAGGCACA